AUGGAUACUUUUGAAACAGCUCUUACUUUAAUUAGGAAAGAUAUGUUUAUGUGUACUUCCGAUAUAAGGCACGCAUAUUAUUCUGUCCCAGUGGCAGAGGAAAGUCAGGUUUUCUUAAGAUUUCAAUGGAAAGGACAAAUUUAUCAAUACACAUGUAUCCCUAAUGGCUAUAGGGAUGGUCCUCGGUUAUUUACUAAGCUUCUGAAGCCAGUGUUUGCUAAGCUUAGGGCAGAAGGUCAUAUUUGUACAGGUUUCAUUGAUGAUAGUUUGUUGUGUGGUGAAUCUUACAAUGAUUGUUUACAAACUGUUCAUGUAUCUUAUAAUUUGUUGGAAAAACUGGGGUUUUUUCUAAAUGAAGAAAAAUCAGACUAUAUUCCAUCCAAAAAGGUAAUUUAUCUCGGGUUUGUUAUUGACUCGGAUCUUAUGUUGGUCACAUUACCACAAGAAAAACAAGAUCAUAUCAAAGAAAUAUGUAGAAGUCUUAAGAACAGUCAUAAAGUUACAAUUAGGGAAGUAGCCCGAGUUAUUGGGGUUUUAGUAGCUUCAUUUCCAGCUGUUGACUAUGGGAAAUUAUAUUACAGAGCUAUGGAAAAGCAGAAAAUUCAGGCAUUAAAGUCUAAUUAUGGUAAUUUUGAGGCUGAAAUGAUAAUCACUUUAGAAAUGAAACAUGAUUUGCAAUGGUGGAUCGAUAACAUAGAUUCUCAAAGUAGAGUGAUUGAUCGGGGAAAUCCGUCGGUAGAAAUUCAGACGGACAGUAGUUUAAGUGGUUGGGGUGUUUAUUAUCAAGGUGAAAAAUUUGGUGGUAGAUGGACUAGUGAAGAGAAAAAAUUUCACAUAAAUGUGUUGGAGUUAAUUGCAAUACUCUUUGCUUUGCAAGCACUGGUAGAAAAAUUAAAAAAUCAGCAUGUAAAAAUUUUAUCUGACAGUUCAACAGCAGUGUCCUACAUCAAUAAUAUGGGUGGAAUAAGGUCAGAUAGUUGCAAUAAGGUCAGUCGAGACAUAUGGGAGUAUUGUAUGUCAAAGAAUAUAUGGUUGACAUGUGCCCAUAUUCCUGGUUUACAAAAUGAGGCAGAUCUUCCCUCUCGGCAGUUUAAGGAUAACAUUGAAUGGGCAUUACAGACUAAUAUAUUUGAAAAAAUUUGUUGUAUUUGGCAAAAGCCUGUUGUAGAUUUGUUUUGCAUCAAGGUUAAAUAA